AUGAUCGAAACACGCUCUUCAAAGAGAAAAUCCAAUCACCAGAAUCAACCCAUCAAGAAGAAACGUGUCGUGUUAGGACAACUUCCCAAUUCAACCAAUCUCAUUCUUCCUCAAAAAAACCUUAACCCGAGAAAACCAACCCCGGGGAAGAAGAACAAGAACCCUAGUGAAGAUCUCGAUGGCCCAUUUGUUUCAUCGGUCUACAUGCAUCUUCGCUCAAUGGAGAUGGAGAAAAAGAGAAGACCCAUGAUGGAUUACAUGGUUAUUGUUCAGAGAGAUAUUACUCCACAUAUGAGAGGGAUUUUGAUUGAUUGGUUAGUUGAGGUUGCGGAAGAGUACAAGCUUGUUCCUGAUACACUUCAUCUUGCUGUUUCCUACAUAGAUAGGUUUCUGUCUUUUAAUAAUAUCAAUAGGACCAAGCUUCAGUUGUUGGGUGUUUCGUCCAUGCUCAUUGCGUCGAAACAUGAAGAAAUAAGCCCGCCUUAUGUGGAAGAGUUCUGUUUUAUAACUGACAAUUCUUAUAACAAAGAUGAGGUUUUAGAGAUGGAGACUGACAUACUCAAAACCUUAGAGUUUGAUACAGCCAAUCCCACUGUUAAGACUUUUCUAAGGAGGUUUAAUGAAAUUGCAUGUGAGAAAAUAAAUGCUUCAAGUUUGCAGUUUGAGUUCUUAAGUAACUAUCUUGCUGAGCUAAGUUUAUUGGAUUGUGUUUGUUUGAGGUUCUUACCUUCUUUGGUGGCUGCGUCUGCCACACUGCUUGCUCGAUUCAUUGUUUGGCCUAAAGCUUCUCCUUGGGAAAACAUUAGCCCUGCAAGAAUAUUCGAGAUAUAA